AUGGCACCUUAUAAACCCCGAGGAAGGGGAGGAAAUUACCGAGGCGGCGGAGGAGGAGGAGGAGGAGGUGGUGGUGGUGGUGGAAGGGGAUCUUUCCGAAGAAGAGGACGAGGAGGGAGUAGUAAUCGAGGAGGGGCUUCGUCCGGUGUGGUGUUGCAGACAGAGGCGGAGGGGACUAAGGAAGGGGAUAAGAUUGAGGACGCAAAGGUGUGUAACUGUCGGGUCGUGAGGUUGAUUCAAAUGUUCUGUGGGUGGCUGACGAGUGGUGUAUGGCGUUCCUUCUGAGCAGGCCUGGGACGCGUUGGAUGAGUCGCUCGGAUUCGCAAAGUACGAACAAGGGCCGCCCAAGGUCGGGUGGCUCGUCAACAUGAUUGCCGUGAGUUGCAAUCGCAUGGGAAGUACGUCUACCGUCACCGGUCGAGGCUGACCACAAUUUGUUCAUGCUGUCGCUCCGCGCAGACUUUGGUUCCCGAUGAUUCUGGAGCACCACCGAGAGCGGGAGUCGAUUACUAUUUCAUCCAAGAUGAUGGUGAUAUGUUCAAGAGCACAAUUUGUUAUCAACCUUAUUUCUACAUCGCUUGUCGCGUAAGUUCCAAGGGGACGCCGAGACGGAGGGCAGAGAUCUGCUUCGGAUGAGAAUCCUUCACUUGUGCAGCGCUGACUUGGAAACGUUCCGUUUGGCCCAUUUGACAGAAAGGACACGAGGGUCAAGUCGAGGAAUGGAUCUUGCGCAAGUUUGAAGAGCUCGUCACCAAGGUUCAGCGAGUUCGAAAGGAGGAUCUGAAACUGGUCAGUCAGGCUAACCGCCGGCAGCCUCAGGACAGAAGGCCACGCCCGCUGACCUCGUUUGUUUCCCGCUGCAGCCCAAUCAUCUUCUAGGUUACCGACGGGAAUACGUUGCCCUUCACUUCCGCAACCAGAACGACCUCUUCGCCGUCCGACGCGAGCUCCUCCCGAUCGCAACCAAAAACCGAGAAAAGCUCGACGCGGUCGACACGUACGCCGAAGUAAUCUCGGCUGAUCGAGCGAACGAGAUGGACUACGAUAUGGAGGACAUUGGUUCGGGCAAGGGCAAGUCCAAGUCAUUUGCUCAGGUCGGUGCCGCGGCGGGCUCGGCCGGGCCGGCGACAGAUCAUAUUCUUGACAUCCGAGAGUAUGAUGUGCCGUACUAUCUUCGAGUGGCGAUUGACAAGGGUGCGUGCGGUGAGAUCAUGCGUAGAAUUCUCCGCAAAGUGAUACUAAUAAUUCGGCCGUGAUUGCAUCGCACAGACAUUCGUGUGGGGUUGUGGUACGACGUCAAGGCCGACCACGGGGAGGUGUCGAUCUCCCUGAUCAAAGAGCGAGUCUCGCGUGCCGAGCCCGUCGUGAUGGCCUUCGAUAUCGAAACGACGAAGGCCCCCCUCAAAUUCCCGGACCAGCAAACCGAUCAAGUGAUGAUGAUCUCGUACAUGAUCGACGGUCAGGGCUUCCUCAUCACGAACCGCGAGAUCGUCAGUGCCGACAUUGAAGACUUUGAAUACACGCCCAAAGCCGAGUACGAAGGCCCUUUCAUGAUCUUCAACGAAGCCGAUGAAAAGGCGACAAUCGAGCGCUUCUUUGAGCACAUCCGACAGGCCAAACCGACCGUCAUCGCGACGUACAACGGUGACUCGUUCGAUUUCCCUUUCCUGCUGGCAAGGGCGACGGCGCACGGGAUUGACAUGUACAAGGAGACAGGGUUCAAGCUCGAUUCGGACGACGAAUUUAAGAGUCGCAGUUGCGUGCACAUGGACUGCUUCCGAUGGGUCAAGCGUGAUUCGUACCUUCCCCAGGGAAGUCAAGGUCUCAAGGCCGUCACCGUCGCCAAACUCGGCUACAACCCGAUCGAACUCGACCCGGAACUCAUGACGCCGUACGCGGUCGAACAACCGCAGGUCCUGGCGCAGUACUCCGUUUCCGAUGCAGUGGCGACCUAUUACCUCUAUAUGAAAUACGUCCACCCUUUCGUGUUCUCGUUGUGCAACAUCAUCCCGCUCAACCCGGACGAAGUGCUGCGCAAAGGAUCGGGCACGUUGUGCGAGACCUUGUUGAUGGUUGAAGCGUACCGGGGCGAAGUCAUUAUGCCGAAUCGACACGUCGAAGCGCACAACAACAUGUAUGAUGGACAUCUCUUGGAGUCCGAGACCUAUGUCGGAGGUCACGUCGAGGCGCUCGAAGCGGGCGUCUUCCGAAGUGACAUCUCGACCGAUUUCAAGAUCGUUUCAUCGGCUGCACAGCAGCUCAUCGAUGAUCUCGAUGACGCGCUGCAAUUCAGUAUUACGGAGGAAGGGAAGCACUCGUUGGAUGACGUCGAAAACUACGACGAGGUCAAAGCCGAAAUCACGGUCAUGUUAGAGGAACUGCGGGACAACCCACUGCGAUCCGAUACCCCGCUCAUCUACCAUCUCGACGUCGCGGCCAUGUACCCCAACAUCAUGUUGUCCAAUCGGCUGCAGCCUGAUUCAGUUGUCGACGAAGCGACGUGCGCCGCGUGCGAUUACAAUCGACCGGGGAAGCAAUGUCAGCGCAAGAUGAAGUGGGCCUGGAGGGGCGAAUACUUCCCCGCCAAACUGGACGAAUUCAAGAUGGUGCGCAACGCUUUGGAGCAAGAGAUGUUCCCUCCGAGAUGGCCGGGCAAACCUCCGAGAAGGUUCAUUGAUUUGUCCCCUACGGAACAGACGACGUUGUUGCACAAACGAUUGGGCGAUUACUCACGCAAGGUGUACAAAAAGACCAAGGAGACCAAAAUCGAGACCAAGGAAGCGAUCAUUUGUCAACGCGAGAACCCGUUUUAUAUCGAUACGGUGCGCACGUUCCGAGAUCGACGAUACACUUACAAAGGUCUGCACAAGACGUGGAAGAAGAACCUCGACACGGCCAUAGCAGGGGGUUCGAUUCCGGAGAUAUCUGACGCCAAGCAGAUGAUCGUCCUGUACGACUCGUUGCAGUUGGCGCACAAGUGUAUCCUCAACUCAUUCUAUGGUUAUGUCAUGCGCAAGGGUGCUCGAUGGCAUUCGAUGGAGAUGGCGGGGAUCACAUGUUUGACGGGGGCUUCGAUCAUCCAGAUGGCGAGGAAGUUGGUCGAACAGAUUGGGAGGCCGCUCGAGUUGGACACGGAUGGUAUUUGGUGCAUGUUGCCGAGCUCCUUCCCUGAUGGUCAGUCUGAGCUUCUGAGAACUAUGUUUGGACAUGGACUCUGACGCCGCUUAUAAUCCCAUUCCAGGCUUCACCCUCAAGCUCAAGAAUGGCAAAGAGUACGGCAUCUCGUACCCGUGCACGAUGCUCAAUCACCUCGUCUACAAAGACUUCACGAACGAUCAAUACCACGAGCUCGUCGAUCCCGUUCGAGGCACAUACGAGGUUCGGAAGGAAAACUCGAUCUUCUUCGAGUUGGACGGUCCAUACCGAGCCAUGAUCCUGCCGUCGUCCAAGGAAGAGGACAAGUUGCUCAAGAAGCGAUACGCCGUCUUCAACGACGAUGGCUCGCUCGCCGAGCUGAAGGGAUUCGAAGUCAAGCGUCGGGGAGAGCUUCAACUCAUCAAGACGUUCCAGUCGCAGAUCUUUGAGAAGUUCUUGCUAGGCGACACGCUCGUCAGCUGUUACGCGUCCGUAGCCUCGGUCGCCGACAAGUGGCUCGACGUCCUGUUUGGCAAGGCGAGCAGUCUCCCCGAUGACGAGUUGGUCGAACUCAUUGCUGAGAACCGAAGCAUGUCCAAGACGCUUGCCGAAUACGCAGGCCAGAAAUCAACUUCGAUCAGUACGGCUUGUCGUCUCGCCGAGUUUUUAGGCGAGCAAAUGGUCAAGGACAAGGGUCUGUCGUGCAAGUUCAUCAUUUCGACCAAACCCGUCGGCGCACCCGUAACGGAGCGCGCCGUCCCCGUCGCCAUCUUCUCUGCCGAACUGUCGGUCAAGAAGCACUUUUUGCGCAGGUGGCUCAAGGACAACGCUCUGACCAACUUUGAGCUGCGUUCGAUUCUCGAUUGGGACUAUUACAUCGAGCGACUCGGUUCCGUCAUCCAAAAACUCAUCACCAUCCCCGCGGCCUUACAAAAAGUAGCCAAUCCCGUGCCUCGCAUCCGUCACCCGGACUGGUUGUUCCGCCGCGUCGCCAAUCUCGAGGACAAGUUCAAGCAGCGCAAGGUCAACGAGAUGUUCGCGAUGCAGAAGCCCGUCGUGCGUACAGCCGAUAUGGAGGAUUUCGGACCCAAGGGAUACAUCCCCCGACCGAAGAAGGCGGCCAAGAUGAUCACUGCUGCGCCGAUCCCCAAGGUCGCUCCGGACAUGAACAAGGACUAUUCGGGCUGGAUCGCGUACAUGAAGCCGAUCUGGCGACAGAAGCGUCAAGAGAUGAAGCAAGCGGCGCGUUCGGGAGGGUUCGGCGGCAGGACCGGCGCGUUGGGCUCGAUGAUGAUGCAACAGUCAAGCGCGCUCUCGUCGGCCGUAUGGGAUGUCGUGCAGAUUACGCCUGUGGCUGAACGACCGGGCGAGUUCAAGCUGUGGCUUCUGAUCAAGGAUACGCUGCAGAGCGUGCGGUUGAAGGUCAGUAUUGAGGCUUUUAUCCUGGCCAGCUCUCCGUUGGAGUAUGCUUAUGUUCAUCGAGACUGUUUUCAGGUGUCUCGAGAGUUCAUCAUCAACUUCAUCGAAUUGCCAAAGUACAAGAGCGAGAUCCCCGAGGCAGCGACGGUCGAAGCGCUCAGUCGCACCUUACCCCGCUCCCAACGCGCCAUCAACCUCGUCAAGGUCACUACUUCUGAAGAGGACUAUGUCAAAGACGAAGCGCGGUACGGCGAGCUCCUGAACGGACCCAAUGUCGAUGGGGUGUAUGAGCAGGAUGUCCCGCUGGCUGUGCGGGCGAUCCUGCACCUCGGAUCGUCUUGCGUACCCGAUGGCUCCAGAGGCGUCACGCUCAGUCAGGGGCUCGAUCGUCACUUCGAGCUGGAGGAUCUUGUUCGACCGGGCGUGUCGCUCAGUCGGCGUCGAUACCUCGACCAAGGCCGCCGACUGCGAUAUGCGUACCUCUUCCAUACGACGAGCGACAGUCGCCAUGUCUUUGGGCUGUUCCUACCCGAUGGCACGGCCAAGGUUUACAUCGUCGAACGAGGCCGGACGCGUGACGUGACGAGUUUGUCACAAUACUACGCCGACAACCUGCAGAAACGCAAAGAGGCCGAGGAGAAGCGCUGGGUUGAGGAAAAAAAUGCGAAGGAGGUCGGCGUGUUCGAGUACACAGAUACCCUCGAGACCACCAUCGCCUACCCCAGCGGCGAGGACGCUGCGCUGCGCCUCCUCUCGCGAGACCUAGCCGCGCUCGCAUCGAACCGAUCCUCGUCUUCAUCGUUGUUGAUCGUUCACUCGCCCAAGGCUCGGUCGUAUUUUGAGGAGCGUAUCCCCGCUACGGCUCAGUUCCCCUUCAUUGUCAUCGCCUCGACCAAGGCCGACAACACGUUUCCAGCUCUGGCUUGGCAACUACCCGCCUGCAAGCGCAUGGUCCAGCACUACUUGCGCGCCGCCGUGUGGAUCCGCGAACGGAUCGAGCUUGCCGAUCGCUUCGACGUACCAAUCUGCAACCUCGAGCGUGACGUUCCCGUUUUCCUUGCCGACAUAGACUUUGCUCGGCGCUUGACCAAAGCCGAUCAGGUGCUGUGGUGGUCCUCAUCGUCGCGCCCCGCUCUCGGAGGUCGCGAAGACGAUGCGAACUCGCAGCAACUGGCCGACGAUCUCGUGAACCCCGAAAUCGGUCGACCGGGCUGCUACUCGAACGCGUGCCUCGAGAUCGAUUUGCGUAACCUCGCCGUCGAUGCCGUGCUUCAGUCCGCUUUAGUGUACGAGCUCGAAGGUGGAGAAGGUGGUGCCUCGAUUGGGUUCGAAGCGGCCUCGCACAACCUCGACGAGUAUUCGAAAGGUACGGCGCACGCGGCUGUCUCGCUUGGAGAUGCGGUGCUACCGACGCAAACGUUCAACCUUUUACGCUCGAUGGUCAAGUCGUGGUCGAACGAGGCCUCAAAAGCCGACGGUGCUCACUGGCGAUGGAUGCUCGAUCACUUCUGGCGGUGGAUCAGCUCCCCGGCUGCCAAGCUCUACGACCCAGCCCUGUAUCGGUUCGUUCAUGGACUCAUGCGCAAGACCUUCUCCCAACUCGUGGCUGAGUUCCGCCGUCUCGGAUCUGAGAUCGUGCACGCCGACUUUGGUCGGCUUUUCCUGCUUACGAGCAAGCCAUCGUCGUCGAGCGCGUAUGCGUAUGCGAACUAUGUCGUCUCGUCCGUCACGUCGCGCGAGCUGUUCCGCUAUAUCCAGCUCGACAUCGUGCGGUUCUGGGACCAGCUCGUCUGGAUGGACACGGCUAACUUUGCCGGCAUCAUCUGCGCCCAUCCCGAACGCAUCGAGGAGCCGCUCGCCGAGGAGAUCGAGAUCGAGAUGUCGUGGAACGUUGGGACAUUCCUCCCUUCCGCGUGCCAGGAUGACUUCUCGCUCGUCGUGGGCCAUUUUGUUCACGGCAUGUACCAAGCCAAGCGCAAGUCCGGUGAUUCGAUCCGGACACCCUUGCGUCUGCUGCCGAAUGGAAGUGGCACGGCGGCGGACCCGACCAAGACCGACGAGGUCGAGCUCGGACGCACGUUCAUAACCCAGACCUUGACCCGACAGCUGCUCAAAAUCGUCACGUCCCAAGUCGACAUGCACCGCGAGAAAGCGAACCGAGAGGCGUUCCAAUUCCCCAUUUUGCCCGGUGCCCACCUCAAGCUCAAAAACCCCGUGCUUGAGUUCAUCAAGACGACUUGCGCCAUCCUCGCGUUGGCCAAGGAGGUGCAUGCUGAGGUGCUAGUGCUCAAACGCAACUUGCUCGACUUGAUCAGCGUGCGCGAGUUUGCGGCUGAGGCGAUGUUCCGGAACCCCUGCUUGACGUUCAAAGUGCCCAUGGUGGUGUGCAAGAACUGCAACUCCGUUCGAGGUGUGUGCAUCUUGGACGUACUAGCCUCUUACAUCAUGUGCCAGUACUGACAUCUACUUUCUCUUUCCAGAUCUCGACUUGUGCCGCAACCCCGAAUUACUUAUCAAGAAUCAACCUUGGUGCUGCGAGCGCUGCAAGGCCGCAUACGACCGGUCCUCGAUCGAAGCGACCAUCAUCGAAUCGAUGCAACGUCGCAUCGUCGCUUUCCAACUUCAGGACCAACGCUGCGUGCGAUGCAAGCAGAUCAAGUCCACGAACCUGCGCUUGUACUGCGAGUGCAGUGGCGAGUACCAAAUGGCUGAGACGAAGCGAGAGGUAUCCAAGAGGUUGCUCGUGACGGAGAAUGUUGCCGAGUGGCAUGGGUUGCAGGAGCUCAAGAGUGUGACCGGGUGGUUAAUCGACAUGGUCGGUGGCGCGACGGAGUAG